CGCAGGCCCAGAGAAUGCGCCACUAUCCAGUGGAUGGCAGUGACCGCACGAGCUGACAUUUGUUCAGAAAAGCCAAGCAGGAGGUCACUGAGGAAGAGUUGACUGGCUGCGAGGGGCCGUGUGGCCUUCAAACGAUUUGGAAUCUGCAGCCAUCUAUGGACGAUAAGCAAAUGUGGUUGGUGAGGCUCAUGACAGACGCUAAGACGGGGGACCGGCAGGAGCUGCCGCGCCCUCCUUGGAGGCUGCAGCACUGGCGGCAGCUGCUGGCCUACCAUGCCAACACGCCAAACACGCCCACUCUGGCCCUGCUGCUGCUUGCUGAGCUGCUUUUCUGUCUGCUGAUCAUUUGGAAAGUCCCGUGUAAGCACUCACUCACCCGCAGCCAUCAGGGCCUGCCUGAUGGAAAGGAUUUGAUGGAUGGAUUGACCUAUUGUCGUCUUGUGUUGUGUUGUGUUGUGUUGUGUUGUGUGUCGUUUCAGACACAGAGAUAGACUGGCGCGCCUACAUGGAGGAGGUGGAGGGCUACCUGAAGGGCGAUACCAACUACUACAAUCUCAAGGUGGGCGGGCGGGCGGGCGGGCGGGACUGAAUCGUCAUUGCAAAUCGGACCGGCUCGGCGUGGCAGUCAGUAUUUGUGCUUGUACGGGUGUAUGGUUUGGUAUGGUGUGGUGUGUGCAGGGCGGGACGGGGCCGCUUGUGUAUCCGGCCGGGUUUGUGUACAUCUACUCGCUCCUCUACUAUGUGUGCGACAGCGGCACCAACGUACAGGUGAGUGAAGUGCAAUGCAAUGCAGACCAGACCGUCCGAUGAAUGUGUGUGUGCGUGUGUCAACAGAGGGGCCAGUACAUCUUUGCUGUGCUCUAUGUCAUCAACCUUGCUCUCGUCUUUGAUCUGUACUCGCGGUCCAAGAAGGUGAGCGAACCACAACCAACCAAUGGUUGAUUGAUUCGUGUGCACUGCACUGUCGACCUUUGAAUGAAUGCGUUUGUGUGUGUGUGAUUCGUGUGCACUGCACUGUCGACCUUUGAAUGAAUGCGUUUGUGUGUGUGUGUGUGUGUGUGUGAGCGAUGGUUGGUCAUUCAGCUGCCUGUGUGGGGCUUCUUGCUGCUGUGUGCGUCGCGCCGCGUGCACUCGCUCUUCGUGCUUCGUCUGUUCAACGACCCAGUCGCUGUCCUCCUGUUUCACGCGUCUGCGUCGCUGGCAUGCAGAGGGAAGUGGAGGCUCUCAUGCCUCCUCUUCAGGUGUGCUGGUGUGGCCGGGAUGGGUCGGUCGGUCGGUCGGUCGGUCGGGUGGAUGGAGAGGCGGAUUUGAUGGGUGUCUGCCUGCCUGUGUUGCAGCAUGGGUGUGUCGGUGAAGAUGAACAUCCUGCUCUACGCGCCAGGGCUGCUGUUCUUGCUGUGGAGGGGUAUGAGUGAGCGAAUGAGGACAUCCAUCAAGCGAGAUCCGGUCCUCCCUCCCCUCCGGAUUUGCCUGCGUUGCGUAUGUGUGGAAUGCAGCGAGUGGGGAGAGUGUGGUCGGGACUGUGGGCUACCUGUCCAUAUGCGCUGGUUUCCAGGUACAAUUGGAAGGAGAGCUGCACAGACAGACACACAUAGACACACACAUAGACACCCACUCCUUUCUGUGUGUGUGGUCUGUCUGUGUCCGUCCACCAACCGUGCACUGCAGCUGUUGGUGGGCUGCCAUUUCCUGGUCACGCACCCCAUCGCCUACAUGCACCGCUCAUUCGAACUGGGGAGGGUAUUCAUGUACAAGUCAGUAAGGCCAAAGGAACGAACGGACAAACAAUCGAUUUCAAUCAUCCUGUCCAGCUCACCGCAUCUCUCUCCCCUUCCCGCCCGUACCUGGCUGGCGCAGGUGGUCGGUGAAUUGGCAGUUUGUGCCUGAGUGGGUGUUUGUGUCCAAGGGGUUUGCCCUUCUGCUGCUCGGCCUCCAUCUAGCUGUCCUGUGGCUGCUCUUUCGACGAUACUGGACCAGGUGAGGCGCGAACGCAUCGUGUCCUCCCGGCCGGCCAUCAAGUGUGUGUUGUAUUGUGUUGUGUUAUGUCUGGUCAGAAUGAGUCCUGCCGGUCGGCCAUUGACUCCUGGUAAGUAGUCUGGCAGGAAGAUCAGAUCAACCACAUCAAUCAAUCAGGGCUGCAGUGAGUGCUGCCAUGGCUGUCUGUCUGUGUGGUUGCCGGUCGCUUGCUCGCGCAGGUGUAAUCUUGUGGGUGCUGUACUCGUGCCAGCUGCCGGGCAUCAUCUUUGCCCGCUCACUGCACUACCAAUUCUACUCAUGGUCAGUCAGUCAACACACACUCAUACACACCCACACCCACACCCACUCAGAGCAGCGAGGGAGAAGAGUGAGUGACAGACAUAUGGGGUGUGUUGUGUUGUGUGCGUCUGUGUGUGUGUGUCCUGCAGGUACUUCUACACGGUGCCAUAUUUGUUGUGGUGCGGUCCUCAGCCCCUGUCGGUUCGCGUCGGUCUGCUGGUGUGUCUUGAGUGGGUGUGGAACCUUUACCCCCCACACAUGGCCGUCUCACUGCUCAUGCUCGCCACACACAUCGCCAUACUAGCGGUCAGGGAGGGAGGGAGAGAGGGAGGGACACGACCGAUGGAUGGAACGGAUCUCUCUCUCUCUCUCUGUGUGUGUGUGUGUGUGUGUGGUGACUGCAGUUGUGUGUGUUAGCGACGGACGCCGGUGCAGUGAGGGAAGGUGGCACGGCCGCUACUGGCAAGACCGAGUAGACAGACAGAGACUAAGUGCAGAGACUGAGGCAGACAGAGAUCUCAGUGAAUGCAUAUCGAUACCGACAGACAAUGAACACUAGCAGAAUCCAUCCAUCGAGUCAGG